AUGCCCAUCCAAGCCAAGCACCUCACCCCUUACCCCCGCCUAGACCCAACCCACCUCAAGUCCGAAUUCGUCGGGAAAACCAUCCUCAUCACAGGCGGUGGGUACGGCAUAGGCGCCAGCAUCGCCACCUCAUUCGCAACCGCCGGCGCCUCCCACCUCAUCCUUGCCGGACGCACCUCAUCCAAACUCAGCACCACAGCCUCCUCACUCACAAGCACAUUCCCAAACCUCAAAGUCAGCACCUUCACCGUGGACAUCUCCUCCAAAACCGACGUCGCAGCGCUCUUCGCGUCCCUGGAAACAAGCCCAGAUGUGCUCGUGAACAACGCCGGGUACAUGUCCAAGGUCGACAAGUUCGGGGAUGCGGAGCUGGGGGAGUGGUGGAAGGCGUUUGAGAUAAACGUAUUCGGGACCGCGCUGGUUACGCAGUCGUUCUUGAAGCAUCGCCAGGGCUUGAGCGAUAGUGCGACUCCUGCUCUUGCACUUGCUCCAGCGGUAGUCAUCACGAUUAACACGCAGGGCGCGUACUCGCAGCCCUUCCGGGCGUCAGGCCUCUCGUCCUACAUGGCUAGCAAAGCAGCCUUGCUGCGAUUGUGCGAGACGUUGCAGGAUGAUGUGCCGGCGAGCGUGGCGCGCUUCGUGUCGCUGCAUCCGGGCGGGGUGCACACGGAGAUGGCGGCGAGGAGCGGGAUUGUGGCGUCCGAGGACUUCCCGUUUACGGAUGCAAGGUUGACGGCGGAGUUUGUGGUUUGGGUUGCGAGCGAGGAGGCGGGGUUUCUGGCGGGCAGGUUUGUGUGGGUUAAUUGGGAUGUGGAUGAGUUGAUUGCGGCGAAGGAGGAGAUUCUUGAGAGGGAUUUGUUUAGAACGGCAUGUAUUGUGAGGAAAGACUUGGGGGAAGGCGUGCGUUGA